CUCUAGUUUUUGAAGUUUUUCCAAGAAUUUGGAGGGUGCCCAGCCAUCUGGCAGCUUCAUGAGUGGUCCAACUGGCUCACCCCAACCAAGAUGAGCAGUCGGAGGUUUGACACUAUUUUCUUCAUUACCUUUGUGGAUAGCCUACCAGAGCUUAACCAUGAUGACAAGGAAAUCUCAGAGAUACAGACAUCAUCACUAAGCAGCAUUCUGAAACAGUGGAACAAUGGAGACCUGUGGCUUCCUCCUCCCCAGUUGUAUGAAAUCAGUCGUUUUCUGCAGUUCUCGCACUUUGACACAAUGAAAUCUUUUGCACAAGAACGCUCAAAAAAAGGGCUCGAGCGAUAUUUACCAGUGCGAGUCAACACAAACAAUGGUGUUAUAAGCAUACUCCCAGGGGAUGACCUCUACCCUGAGACACCAGACUUAUAUGGAGAAGAAGACAUACAAAGUAUUGAUGCAUCUCUCGAGGAACUGCGCCAGAAUGCCCAGUGCUUGCAUCGAAUGGAGUUGAAAAGUCGUCAUAACUGUCAAAUUGCCAUGAAUAUUUCACCUAAGAAUGGCCAAGUGAAACCUGCAGAUUUUGCGGAUUUGUUUGAAGAUUCAAAAUUGUAAGACUUUGCUGUAAAUAGUAAUAGCAAUUGUCCUAGUGAGAGAUAUUAUUUUUGAUACAUUUGGUACAUAAAGUUUAGUCAAUGGUAAAAGUUUAAAAGUGAUAGGAUUUAACUGUAAAUAAAAAAUAGUUGCAGAAGUGACAAAGAAUCUGAUUCAUUUGUUUUUAUUUAUGUUGUUGCUUAUAUAAUGGAAUUAAUCAUUACCUUCAUUAUGACUGGAACAAAAUAAAACGUACAAUUCAUA